CAAAUUGCCCAACUUAUUGGCCACGAAGCAAAAUAUGGAGGUGUCCUUUCGAGCAUUCGCUUGAUCGGCAUCGAAGAGGGACCAGGUGGACUGUUCAGCGGACUUGUGCCUCAGAUAAUGGGAGAGGUAGUGAUUGUGUUCGGAACGGCUGCUCUUCUCUAUGCAGCUGAAAGGGCCAUUGUGCACGCUGGUCUCUACGAAAAGACCGAUAGGAAGGGUGUAAAGGAAGUCGAGGAUAUCCGCAAGUUCUCCUCCCUUGCAAUACCAUUCGUCAUCAGUUCGUUUGGUUAUCCAUAUCAAGUCGUUAGCACAGUGAUGGCUGUUGCAGGAUCAGGCCUUGCUGUCUCGUUCCUUCCUUAUGCACCAUCAUUUGUGAACUGGCAUUCUGCCUGGGACUACCUCACACCUCAUGGUCUCAAACGGGGAGCACGCUUGUUCCUUCGUGAACAAACUGGGGCUGUGUCUGUUGGCCCAGACCAUCAACUUUAUGCGAGCAACAAGUUCUUUGCUUAG